AUGGAAGCAGAAACAGGGAGCAGCGUGGAAACUGGCAAGACGGCCAACAGAGUCACUCGAAUUGCCCUGGUCGUGUUUGUUGGUGGCACCCUAGUGCUGGGCACAGUCCUCUUUCUGGUGAGUCAAGGUCUCCUAAGUCUCCAAGCUGAACAGGAGUAUUGCCUGAAGCCGGAAUGCAUCGAAGCUGCUGCUGCCAUCUUGAGUAAAGUAAAUCUGUCUGUGGAUCCUUGUGAUAAUUUCUUCCGGUUUGCUUGUGAUGGCUGGAUAAACAAUAAUCCAAUUCCUGAAGAUAUGCCAAGCUAUGGGGUUUAUCCUUGGCUGAGACAUAAUGUUGACCUCAAGUUGAAGGCACUUUUGGAGAAAUCAGUCAGUAGACGGCGGGACACUGAAGCCAUACAGAAAGCCAAAAUCCUUUAUUCAUCCUGCAUGAAUGAGAAAGCGAUCGAAAAAGCAGAUGCCAAGCCACUGCUCCACAUCCUGCGGCACUCACCUUUCCGCUGGCCUGUGCUCGAAUCUAACAUUGGUCCUGAAGGGGUUUGGUCAGAGAGAAAGUUCAGCCUUCUGCAGACACUUGCAACGUUUCGUGGUCAAUACAGCAAUUCCGUGUUCAUCCGUUUGUAUGUGUCCCCCGACGACAAGGCAUCCAAUGAACACAUUUUGAAGCUGGACCAAGCAACACUCUCCCUGGCUGUGAGGGAAGACUACCUUGAUAACAGCACAGAAGCCAAGUCUUAUCGGGAUGCUCUCUACAAGUUCAUGGUGGAUACUGCUGUGCUUUUAGGCGCUAACAGCUCCCGAGCGGAGCAUGACAUGAAGUCGGUGCUUAGAUUGGAAAUUAAAAUAGCUGAGAUAAUGAUUCCCCAUGAAAACCGAACCAGUGAGGCUAUGUACAACAAAAUGAACAUUUCUGAACUGUGUGCUCUGAUUCCCCAGUUUGACUGGCUGGGCUACAUCAAGAAGGUCAUUGAUACCAGACUCUACCCUGACCUGAAAGACAUCGGCCCAUCAGAGAACGUGGUGGUCCGCGUCCCGCAGUACUUUAAAGAUUUGUUUAGGAUAUUAGGCUCUGAGAGGAAGAAGACCAUUGCCAACUAUUUGGUGUGGAGAAUGGUUUAUUCCAGAAUUCCAAACCUUAGCAGGCGCUUUCAGUAUAGGUGGCUGGAAUUCUCACGGGUAAUCCAGGGGACCACAACUUUGCUGCCUCAAUGGGACAAAUGUGUAAACUUUAUCGAGAGCGCCCUCCCUUAUGUUGUUGGCAAAAUGUUUGUGGAUGUGCACUUCCAGGAAGACAAGAAGGAGAUGAUGGAGGAAUUGAUUGAAGGUGUUCGCUGGGCCUUUAUUGACAUGCUGGAGAAAGAAAAUGAGUGGAUGGAUGCAGGGACAAAAAGAAAAGCCACAGAAAAGGCAAGAGCUGUUUUGGCAAAAGUUGGCUAUCCUGAGUUUAUAAUGAAUGAUACUCAUGUUAAUGAAGACCUCAAGGCAAUCAAGUUUUCAGAAUCCGACUACUUUGGCAACGUCCUGCAAACUCGCAAGUAUUUAGCACAGUCUGAUUUCUUCUGGCUGCGAAAAGCUGUUCCAAAAACAGAGUGGUUCACAAAUCCAACGACUGUGAAUGCCUUCUACAGUGCAUCCACCAACCAGAUCCGAUUUCCAGCAGGAGAGCUCCAGAAGCCAUUUUUUUGGGGAACAGAAUACCCUCGAUCUCUUAGUUAUGGUGCUAUAGGAGUAAUUGUCGGACAUGAAUUUACACAUGGAUUUGAUAAUAAUGGUAGAAAAUAUGAUAAAAAUGGGAACCUGGAUCCUUGGUGGUCUAUUGACUCAGAAGAAAAGUUUAAAGAAAAAACUAAGUGCAUGGUUAAUCAGUAUAGCAACUAUUAUUGGAGGAAAGCUGGCUUAAAUGUGAAGGGGAAGAGGACCCUGGGAGAAAAUAUUGCUGAUAAUGGAGGUCUUCGGGAAGCAUUUAGGGCUUACAGGAAAUGGAUAAAUGACAGAAGGCAGGGAGUUGAGGAGCCUCUCCUACCAGGCAUCACAUUCACCAACAAUCAGCUCUUCUUUCUGAGUUAUGCUCAUGUGAGGUGCAAUUCCUACAGACCAGAAGCUGCCCGAGAGCAAGUCCAAAUUGGUGCUCACAGCCCCCCUCAGUUUAGGGUGAAUGGUGCAAUUAGUAACUUUGAAGAAUUCCAGAAGGCUUUUAACUGUCCACCCAAUUCCACGAUGAACAGAGGCAUGGACUCCUGCCGACUGUGGUAG